AUGGCUAUCAUAAUCAAGGGCUCCAAGAGCAACAAGCACAACAUCAUCGGUGUCUGUCUCAGUGGCCUACAAUCCGUUGUUGAACAGGUACAGAGAUUGGCUCCCUCCGGUCACUUCGCAAAGACUAUCAACAUCAGCGAGUACCCUGAGUAUUCUGGGGAAAUGAUCUUCUUCGCAGAUACUGACGGCAUUGCCCAGAUCAACUCCAAGGAGCUCGAGGUUGUGGACCCCAAGAUGCCCGAGGACAAAAUCGCUUCCGACUUUGAGAUGGUCAAGAGCAGAACACGCUCCUCGACGCAUUCUACACCAAGGGAUACGCGGCUUCGAAGAUCUUUGCCCAAACCCUCGGUGCCACCAAGGCUCCCGUCAUACAGCGCGUUCCGCUCCCUGGACGUGGCCUACCAGUGCGCUCAGUCCGCCAAGAAGAAAUACCUUCUAGGUGUACUCUACGAAUGGGUUUACGUCGAGGGCCGCAAGGUUAUCGUCUUCACAAUGUGGCCUCAGAACACCUUUGACAUCGAGAUUCUGCUAUACACCCUAGGAAUCCCCUUUGUCUCAAUCAAAUCGCUCACCCACCAGACCGCGAAGCAACGCGAGGACGCAGCCACGGAAUUCAACACUGAAGAGGCGUGCAAGGUUCUCGUAAGGUGA